AGUUUUCACUCUGCAGACCUGAAACUUGUGUAUUUCUAACUCAUUGCAGUCAGACUUCAAGUCCAGCAGGGUCACAGCCUUGCUGGGGGUGCUGCAGGAAUUUCUGAGAGCUGUGUGCUUGGUUAGGCUGGUAGCUGGUAAGGCCUCUGAGGUAUAAAACAGAUUAAUAUUCUACACUACUAGUUCUGCAUAGGAAAAGUUGUUUGAAGUGUUGUUUCAUGAAUUUUCAGUAAGUGCAGAAUAGGGAGCUUUCAUUUCAUUGGUGAAAACAUUCAAGCAUUCAUGUUCUUUUCAUUCCAUGGACACCCAGAUCCAGCUGUGCCAUGACAGUUUGAUAGCACGACUGUUACAUACCUCCAGACUCCUAAAACAUAUCUUUGAUUAAGCUCCUACUUUGGUAAUAAAAUUAAUGUGUUUUCUGUGCUGACUUUGGUCUUGUGUAACUUCCUAUGCAGAUGGGAGCAGUGAUCUCUACUUGCAGAACUCAGUACUGGCAUUAAAAACUUGGUUGCUCUUUGGGAUCUUUUACUUCACUAUAUUCUGAGAUCCUACAGGAAACUUUCUUUGAGUAAAAAUGACAGUGCUGCAGUGAAUGUAAUAGUCAUGUUUCAUAAGACUCAUUUUUCCAUCUCCUCUGAAUAUUCUUUGCCUUUGCUCUCAUCUCAUGGUACCCUUUGGAGGUUGAGUGGAUGUUAGAAUUGUAUUAGAUUAAUGUUGCUUUAAUAUAUGCUUACAGAUUUUGACAUAUAAAUGUAAAUUGUUUUACUUUCAAUUUUGGUUUUUUUCUGGUUAAAGUGAAAGCAGUGUCUCUGCUUCUCUUAUCUCAAAAAAAAUCCAGUAUGGAACAAGAAUCACCUGAUGACAGAACAUGUUAAAAGGGGGAGGAGGUUGUAUCCCAGAACUUGUAUUGUUGGAGCAGCUGGUAUAACUGGAAAAACUAAACCCAUUUAUUUUGCUUGCAAGCUUUAUCUUGAUAUGUUGUCUUUCAAAUAGUAUAUGAAAUAAUCUUGAGUAAAUACAAGGAAGAAUUUCCAGCUAACUUGUUUGCACCAUGUCUUGUGACUGAGAUGCUGUUCUGUCUUUUGGCAUUCAUGUUAUGUCCUUUUUUUCUGUUUUUUGGUGGCAGAGGGGAGAGACAGGCUGUGUGUUUUCUCCUGGAACAGCAACACUUCUGUUUUGCAAUGAUUUGGCAAUUCUUUGGCCUAUAACAUUCUCUUCCCUAAUUGUCAGUGCAGUUUGUGAAGUUUGUGAAUUUCAUGUGAUUUUCUAUUUUUAGGUGGAACUUUUAAUGUGAAAAUAAUCUGCACAAAGAAACAUUUAUUCCUGCCUUCAGAAGCUGCUUGUUGUAUGUUCAGGAGAGGGGAGUUGGGCAGGUUGCUGAGCCUGUUGGCUUUAGUGCAGUCAGCUGUGUGAGCACACACUGUAGGCUACACCAUGAGACUGCUUUUUAUACCUUUUUGAUAUCAUAAAUUGAAGUGGUGACUCUUCUUGCAUGAUCUAGGGUACAGCAGCAUUUUAAAAUCAAAGUAUAGUGUCAUGACAAGAAAAUUUUUAAUGUUUAUUUUUCAGAAGAUCUUCAUGUAACUGGCUGGAAAAUGGUUCUGCAAGAUGAUAGCACCAACUCUAAGACUGUUGGAAUGGAGACUCUCUUCACUUUGACAUGAAGUGUGAAGUUUGUUAGUCACCACUUUUGUUUCUUUUUUGCAGUUAUUGUGGAAGGUUCCAAAUGGUGUGGGUUUUUGUCAUGAACAGGAUGAGCUCCCAGAGCAGCUCAUCUGCUCAGCGCAGGCGAAUGGCUCUAGGAAUUGUCAUUCUCCUCCUGGUUGAUGUGAUCUGGGUGGCCUCUUCAGAACUCACUUCUUAUGUUUUUACAAGGUACAACAAACCCUUUUUCAGUACAUUUGCAAAAACAUCCAUGUUUGUUCUAUACCUCUUGGGAUUUAUUGUUUGGAAGCCAUGGAGGCAACAGUGUACUCGUGGGUUUCGUGGAAGGCAUGCAGCUUUUUUUGCAGAUGCUGAGGGUUAUUUUGCUGCUUGUGCAACAGAUACCACUGUGAACAGUUCUCUGAGUGAACCUUUAUAUGUUCCUGUAAAGUUUCAUGAUUUGCCAACUGAAAAAAAUGGCAGUAAUAGUAGUGAUGCAGAGAAAACUCCCAAAAAGCCUCGUGUGAGGUUCAGUAACAUCAUGGAGAUCAGGCAGCUCCCAUCAAGCCACGCUUUGGAGGCAAAGCUGUCACGUAUGUCAUAUCCCACAGUGAAGGAGCAGGAAUCCAUCUUAAAAACUGUAGGAAAACUCACUGCAAGCCAAGUAGCAAAAAUUAGCUUUUUCUUUUGCUUUGUGUGGUUCUUGGCAAAUUUCUCAUACCAAGAAGCUCUGUCAGAUACCCAAGUUGCCAUAGUUAAUAUCUUGUCAUCAACCUCUGGGCUUUUUACACUAAUCUUAGCUGCAGUCUUUCCCAGUAACAGUGGAGAUCGGUUUACCCUGUCCAAAUUAUUAGCUGUUAUUUUAAGCAUUGGUGGUGUGGUACUUGUUAACCUUUCUGGAUCUGAAAAAUCUGCUGGAAAAGAUACAAUAGGUUCCCUGUGGUCUCUUGUAGGAGCAAUGCUGUAUGCUGUCUACAUAGUCAUGAUAAAAAGGAAAGUAGAUAGAGAAGAUAAACUUGACAUACCAAUGUUCUUUGGUUUUGUAGGACUGUUCAAUCUGUUGCUGCUGUGGCCAGGGUUCUUCCUGCUGCACUAUACUGGGUUUGAAGCAUUUGAGUUUCCCAAUAAACUGAUAUGGAUGUGCAUUGUUAUAAAUGGCCUUAUUGGAACAGUUUUGUCAGAGUUCCUCUGGCUGUGGGGCUGCUUUCUUACCUCAUCACUGAUAGGCACACUUGCCCUAAGCCUUACAAUACCUCUGUCCAUAAUAGCUGACAUGUGCAUGCAAAAGGUGCAGUUUUCGUGGUUAUUUUUUGCAGGAGCAGUACCUGUAUUUUUUUCAUUUUUCAUUGCAACUCUCUUGUGUCACUAUAACAACUGGGAUCCAGUGAUGGUGGGAAUCAGAAGAAUUUUUGCCUUUAUUUGUAGAAAGCAUCGAAUUCAGAGAAUGCCAGAAGAAAGUGAGCAGUGUGAAAGCCUCAUCCCUAUGCAUAGUGUUUCACAGGAUGGAGACAGCUGCUGUUCAUAGACAAAAGUUUAAAAAUGGAGUGAUGACCAGCGAAGAGACAAUCUUCUGGAAAAGUCCCUAAGGAAUCAUGUUUCAGUGCCUAAUCUGAAUUGUAGUAAAAAUAAGAAGUUUCAGUUCUUUUGAAACUCUAAACUUUUUCUUGCUUUCAUGUGAUUUUAUAAAUGAACAGAUUUAAUACAUGCCUGUCACCAUAGAGAGUCAGUCCAUCUGAGCAACCAACCUGCCUUAUAACACUUGAGUUGGUGACAUUACUUGACAAAAUCAAGAAAGCAAAUGCUGUUAAGUGAUUUCUUUCUUUUUUUUAAGUCACAAUUUUGUUAAAUGCUGAACAAUAUUAUUUUAAAAGAUACUUUAAAGUGAGUUAUGUAAAUAAGUUUGCAGGUCAUCAAGUCUUACAGGCUUUCAGAUGAAAAGCUAAAUAGAUAUGUUACCUGUAGUAGGUACAAAUUAAAUUUUUUAUGUUGUAUAAACUAUUUGCAUAUUAAUAGAUGAAAAUAGAUAAAUAAUUUAUUAAGUGCAUUCUUAUAAUUACUGAGGCAGGAUCUUUGUAAGGUCCUGGAACACUACAUAUAUAAUGUCUUAGGCCAUUUUGAGUAGCCUUGUAAUGGCAAUGGGUGCUGAUGAUUAAAAAUCAAAAAAAUUGCCCAAGAAUCAGGAAUGCUUAAAAUUUCAGUGAAUGGUAAAAUAUUUCUAAUUGCAAUACAUUUGGGUAUAAAUUCUUAUACAUGUUUUAAAACAGGCUGGUUCUGUAACCCAUUCUCAAUCAUAAUUGUCACUCAGACAUUUCGGGUGUAGAGAUCAAAUUAAUUGUGAAAGUUUUCAGUCAGUGGUUUGGAGCUAGAAUCUGCUAAGCAAUAUGAAAAGGAAAGGUGUGUGCAUUGAUUUUUCUUUUCCCCCAGCUGUAUUAAUAAAUUUAUUCUAAAACUGAUAAUUAUCUUCCUUCCACCGCAGUAUUUUAUCCUUUUUAAUCCAGUGAAGCUAUAUUAAUUAUAUUCAGGAAUAUCUGAAAUUAGUCAAUGCCAUUUUUCAGCUCCUGGCCUAUAAGGCACUUAGAUCAAAGUUAAUUUUGGCUUUUGAUGGAUUUUAUUUUUUCUACAAUGAAUAUGAGAUGGAUUUUUAGCCAGGAGUAUUUUCUUCCACACAACAAGGUUAUUCAUAAUGUAAGGUAUUUCUGCUGUCCCUCCACACAAAUACAGAAGGAUGACAUAGCAGAAAUAUCUGUUCAUGUUUAGACACUCAGUAAUGAUCCUUCCAAAAGCAGUUUUGGUCUUUUGGUAAUAAAACUGUUAUUUGAGAGGGAAUGCAGGAAAGUAACAUGCUUAAGCUCUAUAUUUAUAGAAGAAUUUGAGCCAGCAGCUGGAAUUUAAUAUAAGAACUGUGUGUAGAGGAAGGAAGACAAAAUGAACCUGGGCUAUUCUGUUCAAAUAUUUAACCUUCAUCAAGUUUUUCUUUCCUGUUUUUAAUAGUGGAUUGCACUACUAACUUUGGUGAUCUGAGGUAUCUCUUUAAGAUGAGAUAAUAAGUCCUUCUUGGACACAAAAAUAAAAAUUAAAAAAAACCCAAACCAACUACAACAAAAUCACAAACCCAAAAGGGACAAGAAAGUCAAUUAAAUUUCACAGUUAAAUUUCCAAGCCCCACAGAGGGGUCAGAAAUUGCAGUUGUCAAACUAAUUUUAUUUAGUAGAAUUUUCAGGCAUUUUUUGAUCAGUGGAGUUUCCUUAGGUUUUGGAUUUGUCCUUUAAAAUUAUGACAAAUGUAGAGGAUGUUUGCUUUAACUUUUUUCAAGAAGAAAAAAAAAAGUCUCUUUUUAGUUAAUCAAAUGUUUCAAUGUGAUCCUGCAGAAUAUUUGAUACCAAGCAUUAACUCCAAGUUUGAAUCAGCUGGGACUUGUGGCAUCAGUGCAUUAAGCCUGGAAAAACCGAGUUUGCUUUCAGAUGGGCAAAAAGUAUUUGUAGCAAAAUUUUGUAUUGUGAUUUUUGCAGUUGGUCAUGCAAACAGGGUUGGAUCUGUAAUGUCAAAUGUGCAGUUGCUAUUUGUAUUUGCCCUUAUGUUCAUGGCUUAAAGUCAAAGAUCAUUGUAGCCUCUCUUGUAUAUGACUGUUAAUUUGCAUUACUCAUUAGUCUAAGAGGUUAAGAAAAGUACUAAGAGAAUAUUCUUCUGUCUCUGACCCCAGGAAUGUUGAAGAACAUUCAGUAAACUCAAAGUCAGGGCUUUUCUACAUGUUUUUGUUUUUAACAAAAAUAUAUUAAUUUUUUUAAUAAGAUAUGAAAUAUUCUUAUCUCCUGGCACUAGGUAGCUUAAGCUAUGUUUUUGCAUUAAAUUACAGUUCUUUAAAUAGUAGGAACAAAACAAACUGUCCUUGCUGAAAGGAUUUUUAAACAGUGGUGCCCCUGUAGUUACAGGAAACAUGUUACACUUUUAAUUACAGAAGCUAUGACUGAUAUAACAUUGUUCCUGCAUUUAAUAGAAUGUGAUGGAGUUUUUUCUACAAAACCUUGUGAUUUUUAGUACAGUGAUAUUUUAUAAAUAUGAUGUCUGAUUUGAAAUGUAAAUUGCAUAGCUCUGAUGGAUGCUUGGUAAAUGCACAAGAGAUUUAGCUUUGAUUCUCAGGUAUCUCUGAUGCAAUGGAGAUGUGCUGGGUUUUUCCUCCCUGUGACACAACUGGAAUGUGAAGGAGCUCUCUCAUGAGUGCUUUACCUCUGUGUGGUAGUGUAUAUUGUCAUUGCUCUUACUGUUUCAAUUUGGGAAUGUCUUCAUUCUGGCUUACUUCUUGUGGGAACCACAUAUGCUUUAGAAAAAUGAUGUUGAGCAUUUCUUUGAUUGCCUCUGGAUGGUUAAGGAGCAGUGAUUUCCCACGCCUGCACAAUGGGAAAUGAAUGCUGCGUGUUGCUCUGUCAAACUGUCCAACUAAUUCCUGUAAUCCUUUGAGACAACCAACAAUUUCUUCUGUGCGUGUAAUUGAGGUUUUGGGGCUGUUUGGUUUUUUUAUAUGGAGGAAAUUAUGAUAAUUUGCCAAAAGCUACAGAGCAUGCCUUUGCUUUUAGGGUUUUGGUGAGUCUCACCUAGUUUGAUAAGCAAUUUGCUGAACUUCAGAACAAAGGCAGGAAAGGAUUUCAGUUUUUCUGCCGCUUCAUGUUGGGUUUCAGUCACAGUGAAGAUGUGCUCACUACAGGGGACUGCUGCAGAUGUAAUGCUGGUUCAGCAAGGGAUGGAAAUACCACAUCUGUAACAAAGUCUGGGGCAUGUGAAUGCUCCUGAAGGCACUAAGGGCUUGUUCUUGGCUCCCAGUCUUCACUGCAUCCUGCUCCUUGGCUCUGGCCUCUGGGAAUGCCUGUCAGGGGUAGGGGCUGUAGGACAGGACUGUUCUGGCUGGCCACAGAGCUGGGCUGCAGGGACUGCACACAGACUCAGAAGGACAGCCUGGGUGUCCCUGUGAGUAUUUUGUGGAAAGGGGGUGUUAAGCAGGGCUGCUGCUCAACCCAGGGGAGCUGCAGGUGAUUCUUGGUCUAUUCAUGGCAGAACUCCUUGAAAUGUACAAAAAAAACAAGAUCCUGCAUUGCUUUUCUUGAUGUGCUGCUGCAGUUGUCAUUCCUGUCACAAUGCUCAUGCCUAGGUACUGCUAUUCACAGCUGUGAUGGCUUUAAAUAAGGUGGCAAAACGAUUGCUUUGUAAUUCUUGGUUCCAUUUCUCUUAGUGUUGAAUGUUGUCUUUCCUAUUCCCUACUAAAAGAUCCUCCUAUCUUAGGGAAAUUAUGUUACUGAGCUAAACUAAUCUAUCAGAGGAGAGGGAAAACCAGUUACAUUUUGGAGAUAGGCUGAGUUUAUGGACACACUUUGAAUUUCGUAUGGAAAUAGGCCUCAGAAAGGCAGAGUGGAAAUGAAGUGAAGAACUGGCAUGCUCAAAAAUCAAGAAACAAAUUGAUGUAAAUAUCACAGUGUUGGGUUAUAUGGCUAACUGUAGGAUGGUACUUUGAAUCAGUUGCCUUUUCUUGGGAUAAGUUUUGAGUUAGUUACCAUUUUUGUUCUGGCUGUCACAUGUAGUGCCUGCAAUUUAAUAGUUAUAACUCCAGUAGCAUUUAUGUGAUUCAUAAACUGUUUUUAUGCAUUUUUUCCCUUUCUAAUCCAUGAUUUCAUUAAUGUUGUAUUUUAUUUUACAUGAUCAUUGCAGGGCAUGAUUUCUCAGGGAAAUAUGGAUGAUACCAUAUGUUGUGAGAGCUGAUAACUAAUUCCUGCUUUUAACAUUAAACAUUUCCAAGUUUCACUCAAACAUUUCACAUCGUGUAACUUCCAUGUUGAAUUUCCUUAGGCUUAUCAGGUAAAUAAUGAUGAGAAUGUUAAGAGCAUUUAAAGAUGUCAAUAAAAUUUACUCUGCCCAACACUUUGUUACUUUUUGGAGAAACAUCCAUUCUAAGGUGAUGCUGAAAUGUGUGUGAUUUUCUACUUUGUCCUCUUUGCCAUAGAAAUGAAUAGUUACUCUGCUGAUUUUGAAGCUGCACUUCUGGCAUGACAGUGACAUUAACUUUCAGGGUUAGACAGUGCUGUAAUAAUACAUAAUCUGAUUCUGGGAUAGAUCAGUACAAAUCUCUAACAUAAAUAUAUUCAUUUCUGUCAUUAAAUUUUUACCAAGUCUCAUCACUUUGGGGAAUUUUUUUUGUUUUGCUUUUCCAGUAAAGUUACUUUGGCUAGAAUGGGAAUUGAGCCAAAGCCCACAAGAGUCAUAGACAGCAUUAAUAAAGUAAAAAUUUAUUGAAAAGAGCUCUGCAGUCAGGUUGACCUUUAUGCCUUUGCAGUAUUUCUGUCUGCAGCAUGUAUUUGGAGUGGUUUGCUUUAAGACCUCAGUAAUAUAAAUGGAGGGAUUUUGCUGGUAAAUAUGGUAAACACACUACUGUUACUGAUCACAAAAGAUAUUUCCACAUAGCCAGUAUUCAGCUUAAUUAUUUAGAAGCUGGAUUUGUCUUGCUACAUGACUUUUGUUUAAAAUCAGCAGCAUGAGAAAUAUUUACCCCUUCACUUUGCUGUAUACUUCUUUUGUCCAUAGUGAGAACAUGUGAUCACAGUCAUCAGCCUUGUGCAUCAGCUUGCUCUUGAUGAUUUCUGCUUUGACAUUUCCAUUUCCAUGCCCUGUUGCAUUCAUUGCAAAGUGAAUUUCCUCUCUAGGUAAAGCCAGUGUAAUUGUAUUUUGACUGCCCUAGUCCUCUGUGGUGUUAGCAAUCUGACAUAAAAUGUAAAUCUGACAUGUAAUGUGACAACUUAGAGGUCAGUGUUCUCACUCUUGUCAUUACAUCUGGUAUUAGUAGGUAACCAGACCUUUUCUGGAUAUACCUGGCAUGAUGUGGAGUGCAUCCAGAAUUCCAUCUGGCUUUCACUUCCUACUUUAAAAAGCAUAAAGGACUUUUCUCUGAGGAUUUUUGUAGAAAGCAGCUGUUUAGUUCUACAAGUUCAGAGUCCUUUAACUGCAUCUCAAUUUAUAAAGUUGCAUCCAAUGUUCCCUUUCUUUUAUUAAUGAGCUUCUGAAGGUUUUUUUCUGGGAAGGUGCACAAAUUUUCUUUGUGUUCCACAGAAGAAAUAUGACUGAAUACUGAAAUGGCCUCAGAAAUAAAAAUUCAAGGCUGUUUAUUCUGUAGUUCUCUUAUAGUUCACAUAUGUUCCCUAUUUUUUUUUUUUUUUUAAGAAAUAAAACCCCCAUACUUACCAAGCUGAGGGGAAUUAGUCAUUUAGCACAGAACUAAUUUUAUUAUAUGCAAAUGGUUGUAUUUUUAUCAAUUAUACCAGUCAAUGUGUUACUGAUGUUUCCAGUCCACAAGUCUUCCUUUUCUGUGUCACAGGUGAUGCUUCUCUUCUACCCAAAUCUGACCUCUUGCAUACCAAUCAAGUUAGUUCCACUGCCAGAAUGAGUAAUUUAUAAAAUAUUUUAGAAUCUACUUUUUCCUCUGACUAGGGGUACAGCAGGGGCUUUCCAACCAAACAGUGCCACUUUUCUGUUAGAGAAUUAAAAAAAAAACCAACCUAUUAAAAAUUUUUAAAACAGAAAUAUUGAUUGACAAUCAAGAAUGUUAGUAGGAAAGUAGGAAACAUGCUGUAAAAUCAUUGGGUUAUUUCUUGUAUAGCCCAAUUCCACAUAGGAAGUGCUUGAGCAGUAGUUUAUUGGAUUGAUCUGUGGUUGAUCUUGAUUUAAUGUAGAAAGUAGGUAUUUUAAAUAAUCAUUUUAUAUUGAAGCUGAAGGCUUAAAUUAAGCCCUGUGAUUGUUUAAAAAAAAAAAAAAGGAAAAAAAUUGUAUUUGGAAACUUAGGAGGUAUCUUUUGUUUGUGGUUUGGUUUUUUUGAAGUCCAUCCAAUGCAGUUACAAAGGAAUGCUCUGUUAAUUGGCACUCAUGAGAGGCUGUUUACACAAGGCUACGUGGAAAGUGCAGCCAGGUGCUGGAGUUGACAUUACCUGAAUGGAAUUAGAGAAAUGUUCUAAGCAUGAGGUACAACUUCAGCAUUGUAGAGCUGAAGGGGUGUUUGUAAUGAUUUACAAUUUGUGUAAGGUCUCUUUGGAGUAGAUAUUAGUAAAACAAAAUUGUUUGUGAAACCUUGAGUUAUGAAACUCCUGAAACCUGAGUGCAUUAAAAGAUGCACAAAGCCAGUCAUAGUUUUGGUGGUUCUUCUGGCGUUGCAUUUUAUACUGAGGUUCAGAAAAUUCUCAGUUAUACUUUUAAAGUGGAAGCUGCUUUAACUGAAGAGCUUUCAACUGAAGAAAACUUUUUUUUUUUUUUUUUUUUUUUUCCCUGAAGUCUGUACAGUUUGCUGAUAAUUCAGAUGUUCUGGGAGCUCAGCAAGUUCCAGAUACCCAAGUAUCCUCUGUGAAACAUCUUUAUGCAUCAUCCUUUAACCAUUUUCCUCAGUGAAAGCAGAACGUGAAUUGCUGAUGUGUAUUGCAUUUGCACUUGAAAACCUGAUUUCAGAGUGUGUUAAACCUUGAUCUAUUUUUGAUAAAAAAGAAAUGUAGCAUUUUAAUCUAAUUUCCAUUUAAUGGUAAGGAUAUUCAUGCAGAGAAAAACAUAUAUCAGGGCUUGAUGCAGUGAUUUUUAAGCCAAGAAAGCAGCAGGGUGGCAGUGGUAAAUCUGAAAUGAAGAUGCAUAUCUGUUCAGAAACUCUGGUUUCCUCCUGCCCUCUUUAUACCAAAUUGUGUCUCCAUUAUUCCAGAAUAAUACAGAUGAAGCAGAAACCAGAGCUUUUACUCUUUGUUCUCUAAAAGUGAGCACUGGCUUUUGCCUGGGGUGUCUUUGUCCUGUCUUCAUUAUCUGAUGGGAGGUCAGUUGAAUAAAAAAUAUUUAAUAAGUAUUUUUAAUUAAAAUCAGAUUUAAGAUAUUAAUUAUUUUGAAAUUCUCUAUAUUAAUAGAGAUCUAAUGAAUGAAAAUUGAAGUCCUAUAUUGCAAAUACUGAACAGUUCUUAUAUAUUUUUAACAAAACCAGUAUAUAUAUGGAUAUUUGAAACAUGCAUGAAAAUGGAAAUUGGAAGAUUGUUUUUAUGUUAAAAGAUUUAUAAACUGAAAUUCUUAAUAUCCAGUACCAAAACCCUAUAAAAGGGCUAAUGAAAAGAAAAUGUAAUGUAUUCUGAUUAACAGCCUGUGAUAUACAAUCAAUGGGUGUGAUGUUUUUGUUCUGUAUUAUAUUUAUUAUAUGUAAGUAAACAAUAAAGAUUAUAAAUCUUA